AUGGGCUUGAGAAGCAUGAAAUGGGAUGAGUGGAUAGAGCUGGACAAUCACUAUUUGCGAUACCACGCAGACAAGGCACGUCGAAUCAACGAACGGGGCGCAAAAUGCUGCAAGACCGCGCCGGAGGCGAUGGACGGCGCGAUUGAAUUGCUAGAAGAGCUCUCCUCCUACCUCCCUGAGCGCUACCCCUCCAUGUUCCGCAAAACAGCCACCGGCCUCGACAACAUCAUCACCGGCGAGUCAUUCAACACCACCCAGCGCCCCCUCGCCGAAGACCCAAUGAUGACGUGCGCCCGGCUCGUCCAAGACGAUCUGGCGCUGAUGAUCGAGAAACCGGACGGCGAGUACCACCUCCUCGCCGGCGCGAUCCUGCUCGCAGGCUUCUGGCGCCUGGAAGACAAAUUCGGCAUGCGGCUAUCAGACAUCCACACCUCGGGCGACGUGCCGGGCUACAAAGCGAAGCUCGAGAAAGGGAUGAUGAACUUUUUCCGCCGCAUCCGGCCCGAGGACCCCGUGCUGCGGAACAACUACUUCAUCCAGGUCGACGACGGGCUCGCGUGGUCGCGCAGCAUCGGGCCCGAGGACGCGCCCGUCGUCUCCUGGAACACGGCGGAGAAGAACCGCGCGAUCGAGCACCACUAUUUCCGCUCGGAGAGGCAGUCGCUGCGCCGGCUGCCGCGGUCCGGGGCGGUCGUGUUCACGAUCCGGACGUACUUUGAGCCGAUCACGGAGGUCGCCAGGGAACCGUAUGUGCCUGGGCGGCUGGCGUCGGCGAUUCGGAGCUGGGAUGGGGACGUCUCGCGGUACAAGGGGAGGGAGAAGUAUGGGGAGGUGUUGCUGGAGUAUCUAGAUCGGAAGCAUGAGGAGCAGGUGGCUGCUGGGCUAGAUUUGGAGAAGGAGGAGGAAGUUCGGAGCUAUCCGCUUUGA